GCCAUAUAAAAAAAUCGAUUUUGUCAAAAACUGAUUUUGCGUCAAAAUUCCCGUUUUUCCGUCACUUUUUUUUGUUUUUCUCGAUAUUUUUGAAAACUGUUGGAAAAUCCUUACUUUUUACCUAUAUAAUGCACCAAGGAUAUUCACUUUGCAAUCGGAAACCACCUCCAAAGUUUUAAAUUGAAGCAUUAUUUCGACUAGUUAUGCUUUACACAGAUAAAAAAAAAAAACACACAUUAUUGUAGAAUCUAAAGGAACGAGAGAAACUAGAAAUCUUGACAACGAAAAUAUAAUGGGCUAUUAUCUCACGUCAUUGAUAUAGUUUCAAACAAUAGCGUUAUUGUAGCGUAAAUGGCCACAGACUCGUGGAAGUAAUGCGCAAGCGGUUCCCACGGCGUCGUCGAUCCCAAACGAAAAAAAAAAAAGAAAAAAAGAUGGCCACCGACCAAAAUGUCGUUGGCUGGCGGUGGUACGUGGCGACGAAUUAACGGGAAGCAUACACGGUCGUGGUCGGCGUACUGCAUUGCUAUUGGUAGUAAUAAUGUGGUAAAGGCAAAUGGUGUGUGGGAUGGAAGUUCGUUACAUUAUAACUACUAAUUAUUUAUUAUUUUAUUAUUAUUUUUACUUUAUUUUUUUUUUAUACAAACAUUUUUUUAUUAUAAAUAAGUUUAUCGUCCGCCAUAAUUAUCAUCAAUAGCGCUCACCCAAGCGGUGAUUGACGUACCAACCAAUCCACCUGUAGCGUGGAAGUUGACAAUAAAAGUAAAAAUGAAUUUGGCUAUCAUUGGCAAUACUGUUAAACUUCAUCUCCUAUGACCUGGAUGCUGCAGGUAGUCGAGUAUUGAUUUUUGUUUCGCUACUACGCAAUAAUAUUGUAUUACUUGUCGACAAGUGCCAGACGACUAUCUGCCGUAGUGUCGCGCUCACGUUAUUCGGUUUCGCUUCAGCGUUAUAUUUUAUCAUUCAAACUUUAUCGUAUAUAGUUCAACUCUGCAGGUCAUUUUCAUUCAUUGGCGUCGUUCUUGAUAGAACGAAACAUUUUUUGUUGCUGUCAAGUGUUUCAUUUGAUUUGCUUUACAUUAGACGUCUGCAUUUUGGAUUUUCUCCGUACAAUUAUACAAGACAACAGAUAAAAUGUACUUUAAAGGCUUGAAAUGCUUUUUACCGAUUUUAAUAAGUAUGAUUAAACCGAUCUUUUUAAAUUUAACUUAUGCUCUACUCUAUACAUCAGUUUAAUGGAUUAGUUAAUUACUAUAGUUUCAUUAUUCUUUCACUGUAAAAUUCAACUGAUUGAUAGACACAUGUAAUUUGUCAAAUAAAAUCAAUAUGUAUUAUAAGUAUAAAAGAAUGAUCGGUUUAUGUAAAAUUCAUACAUUUUGGUUGAAAAAAGAAUUGGAGUUAGACAAACCUCUCAAAAUAAAAGGGGUUGGCGAGAGUUGUCAUUUCUGCUUUAUUAGGUGAAAUAUCCAAGGAAUAUAAGGAAAAAUAGUGGUCAAAAGUGAAUUUCAAAUAAAUUCUGGAAAAAAUACAUCAGCAAUCACUAAUUUUGCCAUAAAGAAGUACAAUUUAAAUUCUACUAUGUUUCCAUUCCAGAGAGUAUUAUAUCCUGGUUGCUUUCCAAGUAGCUAUCCCUUUUGGGGGCUUCUAAACCAAGCUCGUCCUUCCAAUUUAGCAGUAUUAAAUGAUACAAUAAUGAAUGAUGGUGCUCUAGACCUUACCCUGGGUUCUAUCACUGGUAAUCGUACUAUGGCUCAUAACAAUUAUGGAACAGUACAAUAUGAUGAUCAAAUUUUUCGUCAAGUCAAAACUUCACCAAAUCUAAAUGAACGCAUAACAUUCAAUGCUGAAAAUUCUAAUGAUGAUACAGUGCGUCAACAAUCUAAUCAACCUGCUCAAAUUGUCGGUCAAUCUUUUGAAUUUUCUAGUCAAUCUAUUCAACCUGUUCAACAUGCUGGUCAAUCUUUGCAAUACAAUCAGCCUACUCAAGCACAGGAUUUUACUUCCCAAGAACCUACUUAUUUUCCACGUUUGAUCUCACCGCCUACAGCAUCAAUAUCUUUAAGAAUACAAAGACCAAUUAUUAUUGAUGGCUUAAAUAUUGGUUAUGCUCAUGGAUGUCACAAGAGAUUUUCUCCAAAAGGCAUUACUUUAUGCGUAGAGUAUUUUACUGAUUUGGGAUUUCAAACCGUGAGAGUUUUAUUACCACAUCAUAGACAGGGAAGAAGAGGAUCAGCUACAAAGGCAACCAUUACUUGGUUAUCAGACAAUGGUUAUGUUUUUUUUACACCCAGUAGAAAAAUUAAAGAUACUCGUCUAACAUGCUACAGUGAUCGAAUCAUUCUUGAACAUGCUUAUAAAUGUGGUGGAGUCGUUGUAUCAAAUGAUAACUUUAGAGAUCUAUAUGGAGAAGAUGAAAAAUUUAGAGAAGUCAUUGAAAGCAGGCAAAUAAUGAUCAUGUUUAUCAAUGACGAGAUUAUUGUUCCAUCUGAUCAGUACAGUCAUCGUUAUCCAAGUUUGAGUCUUUCAAAUAUUUUGUAUUAUUAAUAUUCUCAAAUUUAAACAUAUCUGCUACAAGUAUUAUCUUAAGUUUAAAUAAUAUAAUUUGUUUUCAUAGUAUAUAGCUAGUAAUUUUAGUUCAGUUUGUUUGUUUUUUUUUUUUUUUGGUUACUAUAUUACUACAAA